UUGUCAUUUUUAACCAAAAAAACUCGUUUGAGUAGCGUUGGUUUUUCCAAAUGGACAAUUGUUAAAAUAUUAAUUACUUUUUUCCAAUUUUACGAGACUUUUUGAUAAGUCUCUAGUAUAAAAUUUAUUCUAAUAUUAGUGUUGUUCUAGUAUAAAUAUAAAAGAUGGAUAUUCGACCAAAUAAUACAAUUUAUAUAAAUAAUCUCAACGAAAAAGUUAAAAAGGAAGAAUUGAAGAAAUCUUUAUAUGCAAUUUUUUCUCAAUUCGGUCAAAUAUUGGAUAUAGUAGCUUUAAAAACUUUAAAAAUGAGAGGUCAAGCUUUCGUUAUAUUUAAAGAAAUUCAAAGCUCUACAAACGCUUUAAGAUCGAUGCAAGGAUUUCCUUUCUACGAUAAACCAAUGCGUAUACAGUAUGCCAAACAAGACUCUGACAUAAUCUGUAAACUCAAAGGAACAUAUCAAGAAAGGCCGAAAAAAGUUAAACCACCAGUAUCUAGAGACGAAGAAGCGCCCAGAAAGAAAAAGAAGAAGGACCCCAACAGAGCACCAGGAGCAGCAAAUUCUGAACAACCUCCCAACCAAAUUCUUUUCCUUACAAAUCUACCUGACGAAACAAGUGAGAUGAUGUUGUCGAUGCUGUUUAACCAAUUUCCUGGUUUCAAAGAAGUACGACUCGUACCUAAUAGACAUGAUAUCGCUUUUGUUGAAUUUGAAAAUGAGUUACAGUCAGGUGCAGCAAAAGAUGCACUUCAAGGAUUCAAGAUUACACCUACACAUGCGAUGAAAAUAUCGUUUGCAAAGAAAUAAUAAGUUGAAAAUUUUGUAUUACUUCAGUAAACAUUUUUCAAUCAUUACCGAUUUAUUUACAUGUGUGUACUCUUCCUAUUAACUUCUAAAUGGGGAUUAGUGGUGGAUCUAUGGGGGAGGGAAGCUUUCGGACUAAAGCCAAACCGCAAAACUUCUAAAAAUUUCUUGUAAGAAUGUACAUUUUAUACAAAUAGGUAUAACUAGUUUGAAGCUCAUUAAAUAAUUCAUUCAUAGCAAGAAUGGCCUAAUUCCACUACUACAUCUUGAAUUGUAUGAUAUCUGUUAAUGAUUCAAUACUUUGUAUAAUUACAUAGUUACUUUUACAUUGCCUGUAAUCAAUUAAUAUAAAGUAUUCGCAACCAUUGUCACCCACUUAGUUGAUUGAUUCGUGAUUGCUAAUAUUUUUGUUUUCUUUGUGAAAAGUACUUUUUGAACGUAUUUAUUAGGUGUGAAGUUAAACAAAACGUGUUAUCAUUUAUGUUGUGGAAAUGUCUAAACCUAAACAGACAAAUAUUUCAUGUUUAUUCAAGAACCUAUAGAAGUGUAAAAGUGAAGAUGUCCACAUGCAAGAUGGCGCCGAAGCUGGUCCAUCGACUAGUCGAACGUCACUUCAGAUGAACAUACUGACCCAUGCCAGUCACUUCAGCCUCUGGAAAGCAGACCUAUUUAUCAUUAGUCCGGAAAAUCCAAUAUAACUGAUGAAGAAAUUUACAAUGUUUUAACAAAACCUUGGAUUCCAAAUAGGUCCUAUAUUCUUCCUACUAAUAUAGAAUCUGGUUAAAAUCAUAAAAUUUAAUUUGAAACGGUUGAGUAACAAUCCAUGGAAGUCCUAUAGUAAGCAUCUAGCUAAUUUUUGUGCUCAGAGAGGCUUGCAUUAAAAAUAAAACACCUCUAAGGAAUUUAGUAGUGAAACCUCUUAUAAAGUAUAAACAAGCCAUUCAAUUGUUUAAAGAUCAUAAUAAAAAUAUUUGGGUUCAAUCAUGUCAGAAACAGCCAGGUUGUAUUUAUUUGGUCCAUUUCAUGACCAAUUACCAAGGAGACGAUGUAUAUGUUGAUCACCUUGUUCACCAGGUACUUGUAGACCUUUUCAAUCAUAAUAUUCGUGUUGAGCGACCUUAAAAACCCUCAAAGAUAUAUGUAUUCGGCCAACUUCUAAACGAGUUUCCAGGAAACGACGUAGAUGUCGAGCACUCGGAGCACCAGGUACCUAUUAGAAUGUUUCUGUCGUGAUAUUCGUGUCCAAUAUCAAAACCACCCAGGAUGUACAAAUUUGGCCCAUUCCAUAACUAAUUUCCAAGGAGCUCGAUCAUGUAUGGUCUCUGUUAUAAAGUAAAAAUAUGAUUGGUCUGUUUGUGACAGUUUUUUCCACUUUUCCGAAAAUUUCUUGAGAUGGAAUUGGCGGAUUUUGAUUCUAGUCGCCUCAUAUAUGAAAUGUACUUCAAAAUAAAUCCUUUUCACAUUUUUCACCUGCCUUUUAUUAACUUUAUUUAAUUAGUAAAUAAAAUAUCCUGAAAACCUUUAAAGUGAAAUCCACGUUUUUAUUCCUUAAAACUUCAACAAUUAAGCUAUAUUAUAUGAAAGGUCUUUCACAAAUUUUCCCUCAUUCAGCCCCCAACCAAAAUAAAAUUCUAGAUACGCCACUGAUGGGAAUAGAAAUUAAACAAUUAAAUAAUUGUACCAUGUCUUUUUUAUUUUGUAAUAUAAUGAUUACAAUAUAGAAUAUAAUUUAUAUAGGAUAUAUGUACAUUCUAUAUACAAUAAAUGGGGGGUAUAAAAUUGUCUUAAUCUUCUUCAAAUCUCACUCUAGAAGCUGCUUCAAUCUGUGCUGUUGUUAAUCAUAAACUAUUCCAUUUUUUUAAUUUCAUUUUCCGGACUUUCUUACCCGGGAAAUUCAAGAAUAACUGAUACAUUUUCCUAAUAAAUAACAACUAAUUAGCAAAAUACAUUUGUACAUCAUUUCACAAUUUUACCCAUUUAAAAUUAAUUUGAAAAAAAAACUGAUUUUCUAAUACUGCCUGACAAUGGGUUAAGACAAUUCUGAAAAACUACUGUAAAAGUUACCAGCUAUAUUUAUUCAAUCUUAUUUCAAGUGGAAAAACGAUAUGAAGUGAAAAUCCCAAUGAAACCACCCAUUUAAAUAAACAGAAAAAAUAUAAAAUUAAUUUUGAAAAAGGGACAAACAAUUGUCGAUCCUUAUCAAGCUAUAGAACAAUAUUUAGUACAGGUAAAAUAGGAUUAAACCCGAAAUUAAAUUGGGCCCUUCAGAUUUUCUAGAUUAUGAGAGGUCUUCAUUUACUGAAUAAGCCUAGCACUCUAGUAGAUAAUAUACAUAUGUUAUGGAUAAAUUAAUCAUCGUAUCAUCUGCUGAACAGUCGGAUGGUCGUCGCGGGGGUUACCACUAUGAAGAAGUUUCCAGAUGGUUUGCAAGUAAUGACGGUAGCGUCUACGGGGAUUAUGCAAAAGUAAAUAAGUGUGUGUAUGCUCUGACACUGAAUCGAACGGAUAGGUGGAUGGCCGAUGGAAGUGUGACAGAUAUGAAAAAGUUUUUCCAGAGGACUUAUAAGAAUUAGAAAAUUAAAUUUUUUGUGACGGUAGCGUCUACAAGGAUUAUGCAAAAAAUAAAUAAUUGUGUAUGUUUUCUCAUGUAUCUCUCUCUAGGAGUGCUUAGAAGAAGAGAAGAAGUUUUUGUGACGGUAGCGUUUACGAGGGUUAUGCAAAAAGUGAAUAAGUGUGUUCUUAGUUCUCGGUUGAUUAUUAUUUCAAUAUUCACAGACUUCUUGAUAAUUUCUCUUUCACAAAAAUGUGGGUACUCAUUUUGUGCUCAACUGUUUGGCUCUGGCAUUUUUUUAAUUCUACGUAGUUUUCAAGUUAUUCGCGAUUCAAAACAUAUUUGAGCGUUCAAACCCAUUUUGAAAUGAAAAUUUUUGAGGUUAGGAAAAAAUUGAAACCUUUUUUAUACAGAAUGUGGUCCACAUUUUUUGUCCCGACAGUUUGUGUCAAAAUCCUUAUAAUUUUUGAGUUAUCCACAAUUCAAAAUGUUUUUGAGUACAUGAACCCAUUUCACGGUGAAAAUUUUCAGUUUAGGAAAAAAUGCUUAAGACAAAUAAAUAGAGAAUUUGGUGCUGUACAUGUUUUGCACCAGCACAUUUUUUCGAAUUCCUCGUAGUUUUCAAAUUAUUCGGGAUUCAAAAUAUUUUUGAGUGUAUAAAUCCAUUUAAAGGUGAAAAUUUUGAGGUUAAGAAGAAAUACCUGGAAUACUUUUUUGUAUAGAAUUUUGUACUUAUGGCAGUUUUUUCGAAUUCCUCAUAGUUUUCGAGUUAUUCGCGUUUCAAAAAUUUUUUGAGUUUCCCAAAAUUUCUAAAAUCCGUGUCCGUAAUUUUGCUAGACUUAUUCAGUAUCCCAAAACCUCUCAAUUCAAAGAAGUUUUAGCUCAAAAUCACCUACUUUGCCUGUACUAAUUAGUUGCAAGCUGUGCGGGAGCCCGCGCUAUCAAUCUGUUAGUAUAUUUAAAUAGUCAAGGAAAUAAAGCAUUUUGGCUCACAAUUUUUUCGUCCUGCUUUGAAUUAAUUGAAAUUUUAACGGAAUGUAGGGAAUAUCCCAAGGAUCAUUUUCUAUAUUAUGCCACCCUACGUUAAGACCUCGGAGGUGGUUACCACCCCUUUCCGGGGGUGUAAAUUUUAUAUUCUAACUACGGGAAUCGAUGUGUAAAAAGUAAUUCUAAGAGAAAUGUUUCCGUUUUAGUAGUUAGUUCGACGAAAAAAUCGACAUUUUUAAAGGUUUUUUACGAAUAUAUUUUUUAUCAAAAAAACUAUUAAGAACAAAAUUGUAGCUUUAAAAAAACAAUGAAAAUCUUUUUUUUAUAAUUUUUUUACGACCAAACUCGAAUCGAGAUAAGGAAAGUUAACGAUUAGUUUGUUUAUUUAAAUGCAUAAUUUGACAAAUUCAAACCUGAAUUAGGGGAAAACUUUGCAACUUUUCUACGAAAAAUCAGUAAACACAACCCCUUAGCUACCCUCCUAAUUAAAAAUAGAUCUUCGUCUUUCUGUGAUUCUUUUUAUAUAUGUAUUAUUAAUAUAAUCGACAAGUUUUACCAAUUUGACGAGAUAUAGCUGUUAAAAACCUCUAUUUACAUUAUCCGAGCCCUUUAAAUUCACCCCAUUUAAAAAUUAAGGAAUUUAACCUUCCGUCGGCGCGGCUAAUCAGAUUGAUACACAGCGAACAUUUCUGUUGAGUACCGCUGAAGCAUCAAUUUGUUAUGAUUGCACCUUCUCAGUAGCUUCCUGUUUUUUAUUCGUCUACGCGAUAAUAACGUUUAAUGUGUUGAAUUGGCGUUUCGAGUGGAUAUAUAAUACAGGUUGACGCAAUAGAACGUGCAUAUUGCAUCAUCUUUUUCGCGAGGUAUACGGUGCGUGGGCGAGGGGAGCCUAGCAGGAUUGCUUUAAACUUGUCGCGACGAAGUUUACACCGAAUUUUGAGGUUGAAUCUUAAACUGCAUCCUUAUAAGCUCCAGUAACAGGAAUUAAAAGAUACCGACUUUGGAGCAAGGUUAGCAUUUGCUGAAGAAAUACUUAGUCGAUUUUCACUUUUGACAACAUCCUUUUUCAGAUGAGGCUCAUUUUUCAUUUAAAUGAGUUCGUAAACUCACAAAAUUGUCGAUAUUGAACUAAAAAAUUUCCAAAAAUGAAAUAUAAAAAAGCACUGUAUAGUUCGAAAGUAACGGUACGGGACGCAAUCUCAAGCAAAGGAAUUAUUGGCCUUUUCUUCUUUGAAGAUUCACGAGGACGAAACAUCUCCAUUAACCCCGACCGCUAUGUUGCGUGGUUAGAGGGAUAUUUGACACCAGAACUUACGAGAUCAAGAAUAGCGAAUGCGGGAACUUGGUUCCAAUAAGACGGAGCGACCUGUCACACAUCAUAUGGCAGCUGUGAGACAGAUAUUUCCUGCAAAAAUAAUUUCCAAAAGAGGUGAUAUCCUUUGGUAGCGAUGACUUUACGCCUCUUGAUUUUUUUUGGGGACACAUCAAACAUAAAGUCUAUAUGAACAAUCCGAGGGACAACAGUCAGCUAAAGGAAAAUAUCCGUCAGGAAAUGGCAGCAAUCACCACAGAUUUAUUGACAAGAGUUUUCACAAAUAUGCGUUCGCGUUCGGUGAUGUUAUUUUUAAAAAAUAAACUUCAUUUAAAUACCUAAUCAUCUUAUAUUUUAUUUCAACAAUACCUUAUAUAUUUAUUUUUUUAGCCUAUACUUAAUAAAUGCACGUUCUAUUGCGCCAACGUAUAAUGGAUCAUUUUGAUACACCACGCCCAGUAACGUUAUAAAUUGAAAUUUUUUAUUUUCUCAAGUUUUAUAUAUUUUUGGUUAGGUUUUGGUAAGUAUUAAUACAAAAUAUUUGUAUAUGACAAAGCUUUUCUCGUAAAAAUUUUUGAAAAUUUUACUGUACGUAUAUAAAAUAUAAUUUCAAUGAUCCCAAAUCAGUAGCACAAGGGUAAACCGUCGCAUCUCCACGUUUAGCCAAAUUUGAGUUCACUACACUUUACCGCAAACAAAAUUUUCUUUUUUCUAACGGCAAAAGAUCGUAAGUGUCAAUGCAUUUAGUAUAUGAGAUAUUCGAGGUAGAAACUGUAGUAUCUCCUGUACCCACGGAAGUAAAUAAUAGUAACUCCACCGAACGGUACUGCGCAUGAAUCUGAAGCUAGAUUUCAGUAGUGGUAAAUGAUCGUAUCUCCAUUCUUCAGUGUUUUCCACCUGUUUAGAACUACUAAUAAUGACGAGCAGAAGCAGAAACCUUGUGCAGCUGGCUUUGGAAAAUGUAAGAAAAGGUAAUGACAGAUACGGUGUGUAAAAUUUUCACUGAUAGCUUAAAUUAACAUGAAAACAUGGUACGUUUUGUGGUUAUAAUUUUAAAAAUCCUGGGCAAAGUAAUGUAUUGUUAUAUUCUAAUACUAAAUGAACGCUUGUGACAAAUGUGAACAUUAUACAAGAACACAUUUUUUGAUUGUCUGUUACAAGAAAAAAUUAUGCCCUCAGUAAUUAAUCAAUUUGGAGAUGCUUCAUUUCAGAAACCACAACUAAUGAAUCUGUCCCAGUUAGAAAAAAUAUAGCAAAAAGUGUCGACAAUGCAAGGAAAGAUAAUAUCACAUACGGUAAGUCAAAUUUUCAUAUAAACUUACGAAUAAAAGAGAAAUGAUUCUCUCAUUGACCAUGUACUUUGAAGAUACGGCUAUUUAGGUAUCUGUAAACUUUGUUUUAGAAAACACAUCAGAUGAAGCUGUUGUAAAAAACGUCACGGAAAUUAUAGAAAUUUUUGAUACUGUGUCUGAAACCGCAAAUUAUGAUUUUAUGCUUAAUUCUCGCCUUGAAAUUCA